UUGCCCACAGCUGCUCUCAAACCCAGCGAGCUCACAGUCGUGACCGGACAGGCUCAUUCAAAGUCCACCCACCACUCUGCAAACAUCAAACCAGCUGGUUGGCUGGCCUGUUUUCUCCAAGGCGGAACACAUCGACUUUCUCUACCUAACUUCUUCCAACAGCAGAUAGCGUUCGACUUCAGCGCGACUGAUGGCUGGUCGUGUUACUAUCUAACUAUCAUCCACACGUCCAUCUAAAUCGCGUAGGUUUCCUCCGUGGCAUUCUGGAAAAUGUGACAAGGAUCCGAACACCUUUUGGGGAAAAACAGGACGAGUCUUGCGUGGUCACACUGAUCAGAAAAAGGCAUGCAUUGAUGAAAGAGCGAAUUAAAGUGUUGUUUUAAAAUGGAAAGUUGUAAACGUGGCGAAAGUUCAGGCGUCCGACCCGCUUGGGAUGUUUCCCCAGUGGGGAACGCGACGUUUGGUCAACCUGUGUCCCUGGUGACCCUGAAGAGACAAGCCGUGAAGAGGCACCACCACAAACACAACCUCAAACACCGCUACGAGUUUCUGGAGACUCUCGGCAAAGGAACCUAUGGGAAGGUGAAGAAAGCCAAGGAGAGAUCUGGUAGAAUGGUGGCCAUAAAGUCCAUUCGGAAGGAGAAGAUCAAGGAUGAGCAGGACCUGGUUCACAUUCGUAGAGAAAUUGAAAUCAUGUCCUCUCUCAGUCAUCCACACAUCAUCACCAUCUAUGAAGUGUUUGAAAACAAAGACAAAAUAGUCAUUGUGAUGGAAUACGCAAGUCGGGGGGACCUGUACGACUACAUCUGCGAGACCCAGAAGAUCUCUGAGCGCGAGGCCAGACACUUCUUCAGGCAGAUCGUCUCGGCGGUGCAUUACUGUCAUCAGAAUGGGAUUGUUCAUAGGGACCUGAAACUGGAGAAUAUUUUACUGGAUGGCAACGGUAAUAUUAAGAUUGCAGACUUUGGUCUGUCGAAUCUCUACCACGGAGAUGAGUAUCUCCAAACGUUCUGCGGCAGCCCUCUGUACGCCUCCCCGGAGAUCGUCAACGGGCGUCCUUACCGAGGGCCCGAGGUUGACACCUGGUCCCUGGGGGUGCUGCUCUACACCCUGGUCCACGGCGCCAUGCCCUUCGACGGGAACAACCACACGACUCUGGUCCAGCAGAUCAGCACUGGAAACUACCGGAAACCCACUCGCCCCUCGGACGCAUGCGGGCUCAUUCGCUGGAUGCUGAUGGUGAACCCUGACCGCAGAGCCACGGUGGAGGAGAUAGCAGGCCACUGGUGGCUCAACUGGGGAUACCCACAGCCUUUACUGGCCGAGUUCAAGAGGACGGAGCAGGCCCCAUCACAAGACUCUAAUUCAGCCCAGCACCCCACCAGGCUAUCUAGCAUCGCUGGCUGGUUCCGGCGAACAUCGAGGCCCUUGCUGGAGACGGGCUCCAAGAUGCGCUGUCUACUGCGACCGCAGAACGCAGAGGGCAAUAUAGUGAGGCAGCGCUCCCUGCGUCGGUCCCAGAAGGAGAACAACGUCUCCAACUCUGGGGCAGAGGGCACUGUGGACCCCAGGCCCUCCAAAGGCAUCCUGAAGAGACGCCCCAGUCUGAAACAGAAACUGACCGGCGAGGUUCCCACCGGGGAAGCAGCGAAGCCUCAAAACGUCUCGGCCAUGUCCCUACAAGAGAACGCCCCUUCCCCUGCACUGCAGCCCCGCAAGGGUAUCCUGAAGAAGCCAGCGGAACAGGAGUCGGGGUACUGCUCCACGUCCCCGGAGAGCGGCGCCUCAGCCCAGGCGGAGCAGACUCUGGAGCUCCCCUCAGCGCCGACCUCUCGCAAAGGCAUCCUGAAGCGCGACGGGAAGUUCUCCUCCAACAGGCUGCAGGAGUUUGGGUCUCUGGAUCAGCUGGCGGUGUCUCUGCCACGCGCCGGCCAGAGGUCCCGGCCCAGCUCGGCCAUCAGCGAGGACAGCAUUCUCUCUUCAGAGUCGUUUGAUCAACUGGACCUCCCCGAGCGCAUGGGCCCACCGGGGACCGGCGAGGACCCGCCCCGGGGCAGCAUGAGGGCGUGCGUGUCGGCGGACAACCUGCUGGACAUCCGGCAGAGCGAGAACCUCAGCGACGGCCUGCGGCGGCCGUGGAAGUGCUACCAGGCGGGGGUGGCCGACAGUGCCUUCAGCAUCACAGACUGUGAGAAUGUAACAGAGGCUUACAAGCAGGCCGUGCUAGGUAGAAGUGUGGGGGCCAGCUAAAGAAACCAACGGGUCACGGUCGUUGGAUAGAGAAGUCUUCUAGGAAUGACUGCUUUGGCGUUUAUUGUGAAACAUGUAGAAGGUACAUUUGACAGCGGUCUGAUGGUAGUCUUUGUUUCAUGCUUUUUGGUAAA